UUUUAUAAUUGAGUGUCAUCUCUUUUCCCCUACAAUCACAACUUUAUCAGGGUCCUACACAACUGUCCCAAAAAUACCACAAAUAUCAAAAUUGAAUAGAUAGAUUCCCAGGGCCUUAAAAGGGGAUUAAAAAGCAUGCAUGUCAGGGUUCACAUUUGGACACGAAUGAAAGAAAAAUAAUACAAAGAGAAAAAAAGAGAGAAUCUAAGAGAGAAAAUCGUGGCACCAAAACAAAUGGGAAUUAGUGGGUGGAAAAGAACAUAUUCUCUGUGUUUUAUGCUGCUAAUUCCAUGAAAAUUUGAGUGGUAGUGAAAUUGGUGAAGAUUUGGAAAUGGAGUCAGAGACAAGUAGAAGAAUUGCUCUACCAAUGAAAACUAUAUCUCCUGGGGCUCUAAAGGCUAAUAUACCCUUUUGUGUUAGGGUUGGAAAUGGAGAACCUUACCACAAAAAUUGUAUUCCUAAUCCUUCAAAUCCUUAUAACAGAGGCUGCUCCAACAUCUACAGGUGUAGAAAGUGAUGUACCAAUCUAUGUCAUUGUCUAUGGAUCUUCUUCCAUUGAUAAGCAAAUAAAGCAAAGUGGUAAAAAACUGAAGCCAAACAGGGAAGAAACAAAAAAGUCAAGCAUGGUGUCCGUCCAAUUUUACAACCUUGUAAUUCUGAGUCUUCUCUGCUUCAGCAACGCUGCCACCUUCACCGGCUACAGAGACACACCCUGCAAUGGAUCUAUAGCAGAGUGCAAUAAAGAAGAUGAGAUUUUGAUGGAAUCAGACAUAAGCAGAAGGUUUCUUGAACAGAAGUACAUCUCACCUGGGGCUUUAAAGCCAGAUCAACCUGUUUGUGAAGGCGCUAAUGGGGAAUCUUAUAGUAAUGCAGGAAACUGUCUUCCUCCAUCAUCUAACCCUCAUGAUCGAGGGUGUUCGAAAUAUUAUCGUUGUCGGUCUUAGUUCCACAUAUACUCUACAAGAUCUUUAGCUAGACUUUAUAAUUUUUGUUUGUUUUAUUGAACGAUCAUUGCCUGAGGCAACAAUUGCCAAUGUUGUUCCUGUAAAUUACAUAUACUUUGCAGCUUCAAAAGUGACUGAGAAUCUAUCAAAUGUAAAGAUGGAAUAAGUUUCAUUCAUUAUCACCCAUCUGCUUCUCUGAUUUACUGAGUUCUUUCAUUUUUUUUUCCCUUUCCUUUUUCUUGAACAAUGAAAUGAUUAAGAACACUGUCAUCUACAUCUAAGCAGACUGAAUUUUAUUGGGUAUUUACAAAAUUUGAUAUUUUUAAACAUGCAUGUCUUGAGCAGUAAACUUGUAGAUUUUGCUCCUACAUAUAUCAUCAGUGAAUUUAUCCACUGUUUUAGGUCUAGUCUCAAA